AUGCACGGCCACACACAGCGCCAAUCUGACAAAAGAACCAGGCCUCUGCUUUCCAGAGCGAGGAAAGUUGCAUGCCUGCCGUGUCGACGACGGAAAAUUCGUUGCCGGGGUAACGGCCCUCCUUGUGGAACAUGUACGUCUCGCAAGAUUGGAGACGCAUGUGAAUAUCCAUGUCAGGAAGUAGAGAGUUUCGUGGAAGCGGUGUCACCAGUAGCUGAAGACAAUUGGGAAAGCACUGGACAGUCGCCUGCCGAAGAGCAAGAGGAACCGUGUGAUGCGACUGACCGGCUUUCGCUCGGAGAUAACACGAGCACCCUCUCGAACCUGAGCUCGACUCCCAGUUUAGACUUCAGCGGCACCGACGAUGAUUUCGAUACCAGUCUAGAUCGCGAAGAUGUCAUAUUCGCGCAGCCGCUCAAGGCUUUGCCCUGCUGGGAAAUGACCGAGAACUUGAAAAGGCGAUAUCUUGCAUUGGUUUCUCCAGUUUCGUAUUCCUGA